AUGUGGAAAACAAAAAUAUGGAUACUGCAGUCAUUUUUGUUGUUUAUCAAAAUUUCUCAAGAAUAUCCAAUUAAAUCGAAUACGCUAAGUUUAGAAGUUCCACCAGCUGAAGUGUUAAAUUUUAUGCGUCGCUUUGGCUAUUUGGAUCGAAAUCCUGACAAUUCGGAAGCUCUAUAUCAUGAAAGUGCAAUUGUGGAAGCAUUGAAAAAUAUACAAAAAUAUGGAGCUCUAGAACAAACUGGGAAAUUGGAUGAAAAUACCCUCGAGCUUUUUACAAAGCCUCGCUGUGGUGUUCCCGAUAUUGAGGGCAAACCGUAUUAUCUGCAACAGCGGGAUAUGAUAACUCCCAGCAAUAUUAAACAGCGCAAGAAACGUUUUAUUUUCGGAGCAAAAACAUGGACCAAACGACAUAUUAAAUAUUUAAUCGGCAAUCGAUCACUGAAAAUACCAGCCCGACAAGUUGAACGCGAUAUCGCUCGGGCAUUCGAAGUUUGGUCUCAGUACAGCAAUCUGAAAUUUGAACGGGUAAAUGAUACCUCGGCGGAUAUUAUUAUUGGAUUUGGUUCACUAUAUCAUGGUGAUAAUUUUCCCUUUGAUGGUGUUGGUAAUAUUCUGGCUCAUGCCUUCUAUCCCUACGAAAUGGGUUCAUGGGGCGGUGAUGUUCACUUCGAUGAAGAUGAAAAUUGGAGAGAAAACUCCCCAGAGCUGAGCCAAGGUGUGGAUUUUUAUACAGUGGCCUUACACGAAUUGGGUCAUAGUUUGGGUUUGGCCCAUUCACCCACAUAUAGUUCAAUAAUGUUCCCAUACUACAAAGGACCGGAUUAUAAUGUUUUAAAUUAUGAUGAUACAUUGGCUAUGUAUGAGGCCUACUUGAACAAAAAAUUAGACGAUGAUGUUGAAGUGGUUAAUGAUGAAGAAGAAAUGGAGGAAGAAGCCGAAGAGAAGGAAGAUUUUGCAGAAACUACCACAAUUUCAUAUGAGAUAACUGAGUACACCACAGUUAACAACGAUUAUAUGCCAACCACAACAAACAGGCAAUUUUAUGAGGAAGAGGGUAACACUAAUUGGCCCAGUACUACGGCAGACACUACGAAUGCAUUUUCUCCAUCAUUCCCCAGUACAACAUCAAAUCCUAGCACUGACAUAAAUUCUAGAGACAGAUCCUUCUAUACAUCCACCAUACCACCAAUAUGCGAUGGCAAUUUUAAUGCCGUGUGUUAUUUUCGAGAUCAUGUUCAUAUUUUCAAGGGUCAAUAUGUUUGGAAACUUUCGGCCCAAUAUCGUGUUCUCGAUGGUUACCCAAAACGUUUGCAGGAAGUUAUUAUAGAUUUGCCGGAGGAGGUGAAGAAGAUUGAUGCCUGCUAUGAACGUUACGAUAAGACUAUACUAUUCUUUUCGGCUAACCAAGUCUGGUAUUAUAAAAAUGAACGAAUAUUGAACUCUAGUCCUGUGGCUUUAAACCGUCUGUUGGGCUUUAAUGUGAACAUUGAUCAUGUAGAUGCAGCGAUAUUGUGGCCUAAAAAUAAUCGCACAUAUAUAUUUUCUGGAUCCAUAUUUUGGCGUUACAAUGAUUAUUUACAACAACUUGAUGAGGGCUACCCAAAGUCAAUGCAACGAUGGCCAGGAAUACCAGAAAAUAUUGAUGCCGCCACAACAAUACCCAAUGGAAAAACUUACUUUUUCAAGGAUAAUCUCUAUUGGCUGUAUGAUAAUCAACGAGUACGGCCACAGCGUGGCUAUCCUCGACGGGCAUCCGCAGCAUGGUUGGGCUGUACAGCAAGAACAACAAGAAAACCAUUUCGUACUAACAAUACAGCAGUUAACUUUAUUUCAGUUUCUCCUUCGACUUCUUUGCCGGCAACUUUACAGUGGUCUUGA